UUUAAUGACGUCAUCUUUCUGCGACUAACAAAAGGAGUCAUGGCAUCUGGAAAGAAGCGUGGUCUGGAACAUUUGGAUGAAUAUGAACCAAAAGCAGCAAAAACAGGCAAAAUCAACCUCCAGGAUCGAAUGGCUGAAAGAAGGCUCAUUGUUAUUCUGGAGGGAGCAUCGUUAGAAACUGUGAAGGUUGGUAAAACAUUUGAGUUGUUAAACUGCGAUCAGCACAAAAACAUGAUCAUCAAAAAUGGAAGAGAUCCGGGACACAUAAGACCAGACAUCACACAUCAGUGUCUGCUUAUGCUGAUGGACAGUCCGCUGAACAGGGCAGGCCUGUUGCAGGUUUACAUCCACACUGAGAAAAACGCCCUCAUAGAGAUCAACCCACAGACCCGCAUCCCCAGAACCUUCACCCGCUUCUGUGGUUUAAUGGUUCAGCUGCUGCACAAACUGAGCGUUAGAGCCGCUGACGGUCCUCAGAAGCUGCUGAAGAUGAUUAAAAAUCCAGUGUCUGACCACCUGCCCCCCGGCUGCCCCCGCAUCGGCAUGUCCUUCUCCGCUGGGGAGGCUGUAAAUGCUCGGACCGUGGUUCCAGAGGGCCCUGCAGCAGUGGUGAUCGGAGCGUUUGCACAUGGUUCGGUGAAUGUGGACUACACCGAGCAGACAGUCUCUAUAAGUAACUACCCCCUCUCUGCAGCUCUGACCUGUGCCAAAAUAUGCUCCGCCUUUGAGGAGGUGUGGGGCGUCCUGUGACAAACGGAUUACAAUAAACUGCUGAAAGGAAACAGCUGUAAUUACAUGGUUCUGGUUACAAUGAACCAGAUUUACUGGAACAAAUGCUGAACGUUGCCACAACUACAGGAAGCAGAGAGCGCCUGCUCCCACAUAAAUAUUAUUUUUGUUUUGUUUUCUCAAGAUCAGAAAUGUGAAAACAUAAAUCAUUAUGUCAACAUAAUGGGAUAAUUUUUAUAUUGUUUCCAGAUAACAAAAAAUAUUUGUUUAUUAUAAUGAGAUGAUUCUUUGGAUUGGAGAAGUUUUGUUUUCUACUUUAAAGUGGCUAUGAUUUCUCCUCUAUUCAGUUCAGUGCUCCUGCACCUCCAUUGUAAAUUUCAAACGUUUUCUGCAGCCACACAUGGAGAUGAGUCAGGAUGGUGCGUUUCAGUGCUGCUUGUUAACCUCAUAAUUGAUACUAAAUUGGCUGUAAAGGAAUUCUCUAUGAAUCUGUGUUUUUUUCCUCCAUGAUUAUGACUUUUAUUGGACCUUAUGGUUACUUCUGUACCUAAUAGAUUAUCCUUUGAAAAAGCCUUCUUUUGUACCAAUAUGUGUAACACAAAGUAUAAAUUAAAAUGUAUUUUUAG